AUUUGAAGUAAGGUGAGAGCAAGACGAAAGGUCUACGUAGUGUUUUUGCGAUGCUGUUUUCCAGGCGAGGAAGCAUAGGAGCCUCGCGUCUGCUGCUCUCCCUUCUGCUCCUCUCAGCCUGGGAGGCGGGGAGCGGCCAGGUCCGCUACUCGGUCCCCGAGGAGGCCAAACACGGCACCUUCGUGGGCCGCAUCGCCCAGGACCUGGGGCUGGAGCUGGCCGACCUGGUGCCCCGCCUGUUCCGGGUGGCGUCCAAAGGCCGCGGCGACCUUCUGGAGGUAAAUCUGCAGAAUGGCAUUUUGUUUGUGAAUUCUCGGAUCGACCGGGAGGAGCUGUGCGGGCGGAGCGCGGAGUGUAGCCUCCACCUGGAGGUGAUCGUGGACAGGCCGCUGCAGGUUUUCCACGUGGAGGUGGAGGUGAAGGACAUCAACGACAAUCCACCUCUCUUCAAAGCAAGAGAACAAAGGUUGUUUAUUUCCGAAUCUAGUCCGUUGAACUCGCGUUUUCCGGUAGAGGGCGCUGCUGACGCAGACGUAGGCACCAACGCUCUUCUAACAUACACCCUCAGCCCCAGCGAUUAUUUCUCCUUGGAUGUACAGGCAAGUGAUGAACUCAGUAAGUCACUUUCGCUUGAAUUGAGGAAAUCUUUGGAUAGAGAAGAAAUGCCAGAACUUCGUUUAUUACUGACAGCUAGAGACGGAGGCAAACCAGAACUAGAAGGUUCAGUUCAGCUUCUGAUCACGGUGCUCGACAAUAAUGACAACGCCCCCUUGUUUUCCCAGGCUGUGUAUAGAGUCCACUUAUUAGAGACUACAGCCAAUGGAACGUUAGUGGCUACGCUAAAUGCCUCUGACGCCGACCAAGAUGUAAAUAGCGAAAUUGUCUUUUCUUUUGCCAAUGAUGUUCCCCUUAACAUAAAAAAAAAAUUCAAAAUUGAUUCCAGUUCUGGAGAAGUUACUCUAAUUGGAAGCCUGGAUUAUGAAGAAACAAAAUCCUACGAAAUUCAGGUGAAAGCAAUUGAUAAAGGAAGUCCUCCAAUGUCAAGUCACUGCAAGGUUUUAGUGAAAGUAGUGGAUGUAAAUGAUAAUGCCCCAGAGCUGGUGGUCAAGUCGCUUUCUUUGCCCGUCAGAGAGGACGCUCCACUGGGCACAGUCAUCGCCUUGAUCAGCGUGUCUGACCGCGACUCAGGCGCCAACGGACAGGUGACCUGCUUGCUAUCUCCCCAUGUCCCUUUCAAGCUGGUGUCCACCUUCAAGAACUAUUAUUCGCUCGUGCUGGACAGUGCCUUGGACCGCGAGAGCGUGUCGAACUAUGAGGUGGUGGUGACCGCGCGCGACGGGGGCUCGCCCCCGCGCCUGGCGCUGGUGGACGUCAACGUGUACCUGAUCGUCGCCAUCUGCGCCGUGUCCAGCCUGCUGGUGCUGACGCUGCUGCUGUACGUGGCGCUGCGCUGCUCGGCGCCGCCCCGCGAGGGCGCGUGCGCGCCGGGGAAGCCCGCGCUGGUGUGCUCCAGCGCCGUGGGGAGCUGGUCGUGCUCGCAGCAGAGGCGGCCGCGGGUGUGCUCGGGAGAAGGGCCGCCCAAGGCUGACCUCAUGGCCUUCAGCCCCAGCCUGCCUCCGGGCCUGAACGCGUCGGAAGGAAAUGAAACAAAUUCGGACCUUUCCAGUAACCUUACCUUUGUUAAUGAUAUUGAAUUCCAGAUUUAG